UUCAUUUGUAUUUGUUCAUAAAUUCGUUUAUCUUUCUUUUAAGUAUACAUUUUAAUUUAAUGAUCAAUGGGCUUAUUCAUUUAAUAGAAACGAGAGAGGAUUUUAGAGUACCUGAAUAUUUACGGAAGUUGCUUCACGGAGGUUGCUCAUGAUAUGUUUGGGUUUACGGUGCACGAAUUAACAGUACGGUGUCCCAGUGAGCUAUAUCAGCCCAGUAAUGAAUUUUGAUUUCAGAACUAAUUUCUUUAUUUUUAUUUUUUUAAUUACUUCAUUCAGUCACCGACAAUGAAUUUAUUUUACUUGUUAAAAUUUAAAUUACAUUAAAAAUUCGAUCGAUUAAUUUCAAUACGCGACAAAUAUAAUACUUUCGAAUGGGUAGCCUAACAAAGAUGUAGCGCAAGAUCGAAAGGAAAAGCGAAGAGGAAGGUCGAAGGGGAUGGAGUACUCUGCUCGUUGUAGGCACUACUCGCGACUACGAAUUUAGAAACGUCUUCUGUAGGAAGUUGCUGCCGGUUCUGCACUUCGAUGAUGCCAAGAGUCCUACAUAACCACGUAAUAAAGGAGUUUCUCUGCAUGCUUUCUAACCACACGUUAUGAACGGCCUCCCCCCGCAUCAAUCCAAGUUCGUCGCACCAUGUUUAUUCGAACUCUAUUUUAACGAAUAAUUCGACCAUGUUACAUCAAUUAAUACGCAUCAUCGAUUUCGCAUUCGAUAAGAACGUACAUAUAUAGAUAGAACGCGAAGAGCCCUCUUUCGUUUCCUUUUAACGAGAGAGCAUAAUUCGAAAGAUACGUUUAAGUAUCGUUCGCAUUUCGUUCAUUCUCCUUAGCAUAUUUGGCAUAGUUUGAUAGGAUCGCUCGGUUCUUUCUACUGUUCCGUGGUCAUCGAUGUAAAACAAGCUCUCUCGUUACAGAUGCAUCAGGCAAGAUCCGAGCCGGUGGAUUAUGACAUUGAGUCGCUAUGGGGACCAGCUUACAAAAGAUCGUGCCUCUUCUUUCCUGCAUGCUCCAAUUUAUUGCCGGACAAUUGAUCCGAGACACGAGAUGUUUUUUGGAAAACGGUGCAACGGCGGCUCAUCUCUUUGUCAACGAGGAUCACGCAGUUGGCGAUAUCGUCGGCGUUCUUGGUGUCUUGGGAGAUCCAGGACCACACGGAGACAUUAAAUUGAGACUUCAAGAACUUGAUAGUCCUGUCGAGUUUUCACCUUAUUCGAAAAAUUUAACAUUAACUAGACCACUGGAUAAAGAAGGUGUUGACGGACCUGCCAGCGUUUACGUUAACGUUAUUUGCGAAAGAAAACGUACUUUAGAUCCCGGUUUCGUGAUACCAGUUAAUAUUCGCGUGACUGAUGCCAAUGAUAAUGCGCCUCAAUUCGUGAACGCUCCUUACGUAUUGAAUAUUUCUGAGGUCACGGUCGUUGGCACAAGAGUAUUGCAGGGUGUCCGAGCAGUGGAUGCAGAUCAACCAGGGCCUUAUUCUACUGUGCAAUAUGCCGUUUUACCGGGACCUCAUUCGGAAUAUUUCGUUUUUGUGAAUGCGUUAGAAGGCACGCUAGUAUUAAGAAAACCUUUGGAUUACGAAGCUCUUACAAAUUUCUCCAUUGAUAUUCGAGCACAAGAUCAAGGUAAUCCUCCACGAUCCUCGACCACGACGUUAUACGUGAACGUCAUCGAUGCCGAUGAUCAAAAUCCUUCGUUUCUCAAUGAUCAGUACAAAGUCAAACUUCCUUCGCAAAUUAAAACGAGAACAGUUUUGAAAGUGGAGCCAGCAUCGAUAAAGGCUGUUGAUCAAGACGUUGGUAUAAAUGCUCCUGUUAGAUAUACCAUUCAAGGAGGAAUUUUACCUUUUCUUCUUUUAAAUCCUGACACUGCCGAAAUAGUUAUUAUACGAUCGUUGCAAGAAAAUGAACUCUUGUCGCCUGCUACGAUCGUCGUUAAAGCUACUCAGAUAGACAAUCCUGAUAGAUAUGCAUUGGCGACUAUCGUUGUAUCUCGAGAGGAUGCUUAUGGAACAGGUCCUACUGCAGGUGGCCGAGUACCUACGAAGUUCACGCUAAAAGAUUAUCAAAUAAAAAUUCCGGAGAAUACACCGCCUGGUAGCGUUAUUUUAACUAUGAGCGUCAAUAGAGCUGAUUCUCUAUUAAGAUUUUGGCUUGUUGGAGCAGUUGAAGACUUGGAAAGGUUCUCUGUAACUCCUUCUGGCGAAUUAAUUUUGAAGGGUACUCUUGAUUAUGAGAAAAGAACUCAACAUAGUUUUCUAGUUCAAGUUACUGAUGGUUACUUUAACGAUACAUCCAGAGUCAAUGUAUCGAUUGAGGAUGUGAAUGAAUGGGAACCACGAUUUCGACAUCCCAGAUAUGAAUUCCAUGCUCGUUCUUUAAAAGAAGGAUCUAUUGUCGGAAGAUUGGAAGCCGCGGAUGGCGACAGAGACGAUAUGAUUCGAUUGUCUUUAAGAGGUCCAGAUGCAAGGUCAUUUGAAAUACAUGACAAUGGUGAGUUGAUUUUAAGAUCUAUGAAUACCAUAAAUGGUUCAAUGGCUCGUUUAGUAGCAGUUGUUUCGGAUUCAGGACGUCCUCCAAGAUCGAGCAUGGUACCUGUAAUAGUUCAUAUACCGAAUGGUGCCUCCUUACCUGUAGCAGCAAGGGCUGCACCUGCUUGGUUGGGAAGUAGUGUUCUUUUAGUAGCAGUUUUUGGAGCUGUUUUAGGACUACUUGGAGUUGUUAUACUUAUUCUUAUUCUUUACAUAUAUAAGCACAGCAAAGGGAGCAAAAGUGGUGGAUCUGUAAGUUCCGUUGGAACCGGAUAUCGCGAGAAAUCGCCGGUGCCAUCAGCUUUAAGUCCAACGCCACAAGUAUUAGGAGCCAGUGCUCUUCAAGAUACUUCAGAGAACAGCUACAGGAAGCGUUCUACCACGAACGAGAGUGGAAGUAACGUUAACGAGACCGUCACCGAUCUCGACGCACCUGGUUUUGGAGAAUUGAACGAGCGAGCCUACGCCGCCACGAUCAAAAGUAUGUUCCCGUCACGAGUAAUUCAUGACGGUACGAUGCGCUCUUCGCACCGUUUCGAACGGCGAUUCGUACGAGCUAGCUCAAGUGUCGCAUCGGCUAGACAGCUACCUCUCUAUGCUAGGCAUAAGAUCGCACCAGCCCCGAAUCCACCUGCCUUAUCAGCAACCUCAAACAUUCCAAAUAUCGGCGGUCUUGUUCAAAACAUGAAUGACUUGAGUGCAAGGAGCAAUCUCGAUGCAACUUCCCACGAUUCAUCUACUUGCUCCGGUGACCCACCGGACUCUCUGAUGACUGUCUGGCCAGUAGGAUCUAUGUCUCCGAGAGUUAAGAAACUUUCCUGGGACGACGACGAUAGGACUGUGGAAAGUAUCGACGUAAGAGCAGAAACCAGGCCAGGAAGCACUAAAACUGAGACCGAACGUCUAAAUCUUACCGUUUAUUUUUGAAAUUGAAUUCGAGAUACGAUAUUGCUUUUUCUACAUUUCGCAUUGAAAAAAAGUGUGUUUCAUUGUUAAUAUCAUUACAACUUAUUUGAAUAGGAAAAACGUAUUUUUUUUUCUUCGGACUGCGAAAGACAAUAAUAUUAUUAUAUCAUAAUCGAAGAUAUUGAUUUUAAUUCGUAUAAAUUGGAAUUAAUAUUGGAUAAAUUGUAAUCAAUAUCUUUGAUUAAUAAUAACAAUUCAUCUUACGAUCGGGUAAUUCAUUGUACGAUCACGUAUCGCUUUAUCUAUAUUUUCGUUUAUUCAUACGAUUAGAUACUGAAGCGUACAUAUGAACACAAAUGCUUUUCAACUCUACGUAAUCGAGACGACCAUCGAGGUCAGUAGGUCGAUCUUUGCGGACGAUCACUUAUUCAGGAGGUAGAUCCGGAUUUUGCGAUAUCAUGAUCGAGCCGAAAUAAAGGGACCAAUCCGUAGUUCGAAAAAAUUUCGGAUAUUGCGGAUAUGUAUAUGUGUAUGUAUAUAUAUAAUAUAUAUAUAAUAUAUAUAUAUAUACAUAUAUAUAUUAUAAUUAUAUAAUAUAUAUAUAUAUAUAUUAUUAUAAGUGGUUAAAAAAAUGUUUGUAAAUAUCGAAGUAAAUACUUCUAGUUAGGAAGUGUCGAGUUACCAAUGAUCAUUAAUCUUCGUUUAAGAUUCUUUGGUGCAUCAUAAAGAUCAAUUUAACGCAUAAGUUUGAAGAUAUAAAUGAAAGAUUAUGUCAUUAAAUAUCGUUGUUAUAAUCUUUCGAAAAAUGAUAAUAAACUUUAUGAAAAAAAUGAAUUAA